UUUAAGAUUUAUUUUUUUAUGUAUAUGAGUUCUGUCGCUGUCUUCAGACACACCAGAAGAGGGCAUUGGAUCCCAUUACAGAUUGUUGUGAGCCACCAUGUGGUUGCUGGGAAUUGAACUCAGGACCUCUGGAAGAGCAGUCAGUGCUUUUAACCACUGAGCCAUCUCUCCAGCCUCCUGAUGUUUUCUAUCUGUCAUUUGCAGCUUAUUCAUUUACUUGGUGACCUCACCCAAAGCACACUGUUGUACCCGUGGACCCCUGAUUUGCUUGAACUGGCUGCCUCAAUGAGUCUCUAGUUGAUUUCUGGUGGAUGAUCAUAGGUGCCCAAUUUGAUAGUGUUUUGCUGUCUGUCCACUGAUUCUGUCUACUAUUUAUUCUUUUAUUUCAUUUGCUAUAUUUUUAAUAAACUAAUUCAUUAAAAACCAAAAACAUGGCUGUUGAAGAUCAUUCUUCAGACCACACACAACACUUUAAGAGUCCUUUGAACUUCCUCUGUCUCUGUUUCCUGAAAGUUUGAGGUAAUUAGUGUUAAAAUCAUUAGAACAAUACAUACAGAGCCAGUGAAAUAUCCCAAACCUUAAAAUCCUUUUGAAAUGACCACAUAAAAUUAUUUGUUUUAAAAUCUUAAACUUUCAGGAACCAUUCAGGUUAAGGGAAAGUUAUUUGGAACAUGAUGUGGGGGAAAUUUGGGCCUCUUGGUUACUUUUCUAAUCCUACCUGAUUGCAUUUAAACAGACCCCAGAGAAGGAGCCAAGAGUUCAGACCUAAGAUCUAGCCAGGUUGUAGUCAACAGCAUUUGAUGACAGCCACAGGAAAGUUGACAGGCAACUGGCUCCUGUAACCCAGGCUGUAGGUGCUACAUGGCUACUGACCCUGUGCUUUCUAAGGCAGACUUCAGUCCCAAGGUAGAGUAAAAGGAAAACAGUUGGUAUCCAGGAGGCAGCUCUGAGUGCUGGGAGUGUGACUUGGGCGAGAAAGAGGUCAGAGCUUCCUUUGGUGGACACCUUGAUGAAGCCAUGCUUGAGAACCAUUGGUCCAACUGGACCUGCAGCCUCACUUCUGUUCCCUUCUAUGGUUUAGACACAUAUCAAACAACAUGAUAUGAGCUUCCUUUUUCUGAAGUAACUUAAAAGGAAAUCCCACGUAGUGAGUUCAAAUUUCCUUAGAGCAGAGGGUAGGGAAGGACAAGACCCAUUAGAAUUCAGUUUUCUGGCUGUCCUGGUGAUACCAGCCUAUAAUCCCUUCACUCAGGAGCUUUCCCUCAGAGUUUGGGACUCCAGGGAAGUGGAGGCUACAUAGGAGACAUUAUCUAUUAAAAACCAGUUCCUAAAAAUACACAUCUUUGAUUUGCACCUUCAGUUUGGUUAUGAGAGGCUUUUGCUCAACUCUCUGGGGUUCUGGAAGAACAGCAAUUGUAUCCACGAACCUGGACAAAGUCAGGCAGACGUUAAGGGAUAUUUCACCCCCAAACCCCACAGUUAUUAUGGCGGAAGAUGAGUCAAACUUCAAAUGUUUACAGUCUAGACUUUUCAGUCUCCUUCACUCCUGUCACCUCCAGCCACCAGCUGUGAAAACAGCCAGUCCUUCUGGGCUGGCUUACUCCACCCAACAUUUGAGUUCUCUUUGCCUUGCAAUUUCCCCCACUCGGCUCGCCCCUGUGACCUACAGGUGGAAGAGAAAAGGGAAGUCAUCCCAGGACUUGGCCCAGUGGAUUGAGUGUCAGCUUCCAGCACGGAGAGAUGAGGGUUUAGCUCUCAGGCUAUCUAUCUAUAAUUAGCCAAGUGGGGGCACUGCUGGGAUCUGUACACAGCAGUCCUAAGCAGACUGGGAACUCAAGUGAGGGCAAGCAGAAGCCUGCUGUCUCCUGCCUGGGAUUAAAAGAAAACAAGUGGAAAGCAGGGGUUGAUCCUGGGCCAGAUGGCUACAGGUGUUCGUGGUUCUGUGGCACUUGGUAAACCGUAUAGUCAGUUAGCGCCAUAUAGCCCACUAUUCCAAAAUUAGUGUGUCACCAGGUGGACCGAGGGUCUGACAGCUGAAUUGAAGACGGUUCUGUUUUUCUGAAGGCAGCACAGGCAGACUUCUCUCAUGCCUGGUCAGUCACCUGCCGCAACCACACAGGCCUGAGUCGUGAGCUUCUGGAAGAUGACAAGCCUUUCCUCAGACUUGGAGCAUGUCUCCCUUCCUAUCCAGAAAGACAAUCUCGAAUCGCCUGUGCCUGCCCGAAGAACCUCCUCCCGGUCUCCCUCUUCCGAUGAGGAUCCCGGCUUGCUUUCCUUCUCCCUGGCAGAGCGUAACCCACCCAGCCCCUUGGUUUCAGGAAACCUUCCCUUUCCAGCUUCAGCCCCAGAGAAAGGGAAGAAACAGGAUGACAGCGAGGACUCAGCGGAGCCUGAGAUGCUGUGCAGCGUGGAGCACCCCUGCCAGUUCUUCGCUGAAGCACAGAGACUGCGGGAACAGAAGUUGUUGCUGGAUGAAGAGGUGACAGUAAGGGGACAGGUAUAUGGGGUACAUCGGGUGAUCUUGGCUGCAAUUAGCAGACUCUUCCGAGGCAGGCUGCUGGAAGGCGGAGGACAGCAGCCUGGCUUCAGCCUCGAUGUGACCCCGAGGGGCUGGGAGGCUGCGCUGACCUUUGCCUAUGAGGGGGUGCUGGGCCCCGCCCCACAGGACGAAGUGCUGGCUGCUGCAAAGGCGCUGGGAGCUCCCCGGGUGAAGAUCGCAGCCCAGCUGAGGCCAGAAGGGCUGGGCAAAGCCAGGGAAGAUGAAAAGAAGCUCACCCAGGCAGAGGAGCUGAGGGAGAAUCUACACAGCAUUGAGCGCCUCUAUCGAGAGGGCAUCGGGUGCGACUUGGAGCUGGAGGCAGAGGGCUACCGCCUGCAGGUGCACCGAGUAGCCCUGGCCUGUGGCAGUGAGUUCUUUGGGGCCAUGCUUCUGAGUGGGAUGAGGGAAUCCCAGGGCACAAAGGUGUCUCUGCGUACCAUCUCUUCCCAAGACCUGAGACUCCUCGUUUCUUUCGCCUACACUGGAGUUGUGCGAGAAAGAUGGCCAGGAUUGCUAAGAGCUGCCCAGGCUGCUUUGCAAUACCAAAGCUCUUCCUGCCUGGAUUUAUGUCAGAGAGCCUUGGCACAAAGCCUCUGCCCUGCCCUCUGCCUAGCGUUGUUCCCUAUGAUUGAAGCCCCUGGCUUGGAGAAAGUCUGGAAGAAGGCCCAUCAUUACCUCCUCACUCACCUCCCUGCUGUGGCUUCGUGCCCUGCCUUCCCGUCAUUGCCGGUCACAUGCCUGGCUGAGCUCCUGGAUAGCGAUGAACUCCACGUACAAGAAGAGUUUGAGGCUUUCGCAGCUGCACGGUGUUGGCUGGCUGCCAACCCUGAGACCCAGGAGUCAGAGGCCAAGGCCCUGCUGCGAUGUGUCCGCUUCGGCCGCAUGUCUACCAGAGAGCUGCGAAAGGUGCGGGCGGCUGGGCUCCCCGAACCCCUGCAGCCUGAUCUGCUGUACCAGCUGAUGGUGGAGGCCGAAGUUCCAGGUCAAGAGAGGUGGAGGGAGCCUGACCAAGCCUUGGUGGUGAUUGGUGGGGAUGGGCUUAGACCUGAUAUGGACCGAAGAAAGCCAUCUUGCAAAGUGUGGUGGGCUCGGGCUUUUCACUGUGGCAUGGGUCUGGUACGAACUGUGGAGUGGUGCCGGCUGCCUAAUUUGCCUGCCCCAGGGCGCUUCCGGCACGGAGCUGCGAGUCUAACAGGAGGUGAACUCUAUGUGUGCGGGGGACAGGAUUUCUACAGCCCCACCAACACCCUGGCUUCAACUCUCAGGUGGAGUUCCAGUCAAGAAGACUGGGAGGAGAUGGCACCUUUGUGCCAGGCUCGGAGCUUCUUCCCUUUGGUGGUAUUUGAUGGACAGCUUUACGUCCUGGGUGGACGAGACAACGGUGUUGCCCUUAAUUCUGUCGAGACCUAUAACCCUGAACUCAAUGUCUGGAGGCCAGCGCCUGCUCUGCCAGCCCCGUGCUUUGCCCACGCAGCUGCAAUCCUUGAGGACCGGUUGUAUGUAAGCGGUGGCUGCAGUGGGACUGGACAGUACCUGGACUCACUGAUACACUACGACCCCAAACUUAAGAAGCCUGGGACACUUCUGAGCCCAAUGGGAGUUGCCCGGGCUAGCCAUGUGAUGGCCGCACUGGGUGGAAAGUUGUAUGUGGCAGGUGGAAUAGGUGACACUGGGGACCUACUAAGCUUUGAGGCCUAUGAGCCAAAGACUGAUAGCUGGACUCACCUGGCAUCCUUGCCCUCCCCGCACGUGGGGGCUGCGGGGGCUGUGCUACAGGGGGAGCUACUGGUGCUAGGGGGCUACAGCCACCGUACUUAUGCCAUCUCCCACCUUGUUCAUGCCUACUGCCCUGGUCUGGACCGCUGGCUGUGCCUGGGAACUCUGCCAAGGCCUCGGGCCGAGAUGCCUGCCUGCGUCUUGACAUUGUCCAGUGUGCAGCACAGAGCUUUGGUUCCCACUCAGCACCAAAACAAACCCGCUGGGUGACCAAGGAUCGGCAGGGUGCGAGGGAGUAAGGAAUAAGCAACGUCACCACAAAAGGACAGGAGUUAUGAGAGGAUAAGGUCUGACUUGCUUGUUUACUUUCUAAAAUUACUAUUAUUAGGAAGGUCCUUCCUAUUGUAGCUCAGGCUGGCCUUGAACUUGAUAUGUAGCCGGGGCUGGCUUCAAACUCAAAGUCUCCUGAAUGCUAGGAUUGCAUGCACUACCCAACCUUGAUUGAAAGGCAUGACGAUGAUGGUGAUGAUGAUGAUGGUGAUGAUCAACAGGGUCUCUUGUAUCCCACGCUGGCUUAAAACUCCCGAUGUAGUCAAGGAGGACCCUGAGCUCCUGAUCCUUCUGCCUCCACCUUGAAAGAGCUGGGAUCACAGGCUUAUAGCAUCAUCCCUGAUUUGUGCUGGUGAUCAAACUCAGAACUGCCUGCACCCAAAGUAGGUAUUCUGCCUACUUAUCUCUAUCCUUAACCUUAAAAGAAGGCUUUAUUUUUUUUGUUUACUUGUUUUGUUUUUCAUUGCUUAAUAUUUAUUUUAUGGAUAUGGGUGUUUUACUUGCAUAUAUGUUAUCUGGUGCCUGCAGAGGCCAGAAGAGGAUCCUCUGGAACCGGAGUUACAGAUGGUUGUGAGCAACAGUGUGGGUGCUUGGAACUGAACCCUAGGCCUAGGGGAGAGGAAGCCACUAAGCCAUCUCUGCAGCCCCUUAUUUUGUGAUUUGAGGCAGUUUCAUUAUGUAGUGCAGGAGAGAAGGCUUUGUUCUUGACGGCAUUUUACUCCACGCUGGAUCUUGAAGCUCAUAAACUGUUUUUGUAUAUGAUCUCUACUAAGAAAAGGGUGCUUCUGGAACUCCUGGGAAGUGGCCUUGGAGAAAAGAUUGAUGGGUAAAUACUUGGGUACCAGAGGCAACCAGGAAGAACUCCACAAGAAUUAAAGAAGAAUUUUUGGUGAAAAAAGUAUAGUUAGCUGGGAGCUAAAAGUGGAGCUCAUUGGUUGAGUAUCUACUUGGCAUGCAUAAGGUUCUAGUUCUAUACUCUCUGAAAUACAAAAAAGUUAAAAACAAAACAAACAAACAAACAAAACCCCCAAACUUCAGUAGUCAAAAUCUAGGGGCCAGGAAAACACUGGGACAAUUUGGAAAUUGAUAGAGGAGUUUGGAGGGAACCAAAUAGUCCUCCCUUCUUAGCAAACAGACCUUCCUUUCUGGGCAGACAGUCCUCCCUUUCUUGGCACUUGGCAUUUUAUCCUCCUGCCUUCAGGAUAGCUACAUUCUCCUAAUGAUAUUCUUUCUUGGCAGUCUGUAGGCCCUGCCUUGGCUCUUGUGGAGUCUUUUGGGUCCCACUUGAGACAGAAAUCCCCAUUAGGUUUAGACAUGGCGGGGAAUCCUGGCACUUGAAGGGUGGGAGCAGGAGGGCCAGGACUUGAAACUGUUUCAAGUAAACCAAACCAAACCCAACAGAACAAACAGACACCAAAUCUCCCAUUUCGCACAGCUCAGGGACUGGAAGCCAGGCAGGUCUACCAGGGUGAGGUGGGAGUACUCAAGGGGUCCGGGAGGAGAAAGACCAAGGCCAAGCAGAGAGCAUCUGUGGUAGAACGUGGAAAGAAUGAGGUUGAGGAGGAGGAAGCAUCCACUCAAAUGUCGUUCCUUCCCUUUGGAUGAACUCAAGAACCAGGACUAGAAAAGGGACACUGUCUGAGGUCCCAUGGGAUCAAGAUGAAGGGAAAACAUGGCAGGAGUGAAAGAAAGAUAAAGGAAAGCAAGUGGGAUGGAAGUUUCUUCUCGUCAACCUCUUCCCCUUCACAUUAGUUUGAACCUGUUUCCCUCUAUUCUUUGUUUAGGUUUUUGUUUAUUUGUUGUUGUUUUACACACAAGGUCUCCUGUACCCUAGGCUGGCCUCAAACUCCUCGUGUAGCUGAGGGCGUCCUUGAACUUAUGAUCCUCCUGCUUCCAACACCAGAGUCCUGGGACUACAGGCAUGGUCCACCAUGUUGGGCUAAAUGUCUUUUUUAAAGAUAGGCAAGGAAUACAGUUGAAAAUUAGCAACAGAAAAAAAAAAAACAAGAUUGAAAAAGAAAAGGAAGAAGGAAAUUGGGGGGGUGUGCUUUUUGUUUGUGAUUUGUUUAUAAAGAUGAGCUUAAAUAAAGGUUUCAUAUGGACAAAA